AUGCCAAGCAUAACAAUGUUUUUAAAUUUACCAUGGCAAAACAUGAUCAUCGACCCACCCACGCUUCUUGUGUGCGUUUUGUUUCUUCUCACAUCAACCGGUUCGAUAGCCGAGUGGUAGCGUGCGAGCCUGGUGAUGUCAAGGUUCUUGGUUCGAAACCGGUUGCCAAAAGAAACUUUUUUUAAUUGAAAAUUGAGUCCAUGGUAAAAUUGAAAACAUAAUUCUGUUGAAUUGAAACGAAAAUCAGUCUGCACAAAUUUAGUGGCGUUGUGUAUAUAAAUUGACCCUCAGAAUAGUAAUUUUCACCGCAAGCCGCCGUUCAGUGUAAUGCAAGUCAAAAUCCACCUUACCUUGUUUUUGUGAACCUUCUAUGUUAUUGUAGCAUCAGACUGAACUCAGCUGACUGCCGCUGACAUUGGCGAAUUCAAAUUUCAGUGCUCGACCUUCUUGUGCGAAUUCUAAUCUUUUUGAUCGCAUUCGAGGGUUUCUUUUUCAGAAACUUGUUUGCCACUGUCCAUCUUCGAUACGUGUAGAUAUCGUUGACCUCUGUGGGUCACCGCAUGUCUUCCAUAAGUCGUUUGUGUUUAGUUUGAAUCAACUCUCUUGCCUCGUGGUGCUCUACAUUCCCAGCAUACAUCGAUGCUGUUCCAAAAUUAAUCGAGUCGUAAAACUAUGUUUGGAUUACACUCAGCGAAAAAAACUAGCGAAAUUCAUCAAAAUACCUUAUGAAAAUUUGCUAUAACUAAUUCUUAUGGAUGGCAUAAGAAUACCUUAUGAAAAUUGAUCGUGCUUGCUAUGACAAAUUUCAUAAGAUAUACUUAUGAAAAGAACAAUAAAAUCUUAAGAUGAAGUAGACUGGAUUCGAUCCAUGAACGUCGGGAUCACUGAGCCCGUGUUUUAUCCACACGGCUACCGACGCUUGAGAAUACCAAGUUGCUAAACAUGUAUAAAAGCCAAGCUGUGAGACGAUUUUAUGUCAUAGAGUGACCUUAUGAAAUUCAUCCGAAUCAUUAUGAAUUAUUUAAAGGCCGUUUCAUAAGUUGGGCCUUAUGGAAAUCUUAAGGUUAUUUGGCUGAGUGUAUAAUUACCAAACAGAGUGAAUCGUUCCGUGAAGUCCAAACCGCGCUGACCCAAGCAGGUACAGGCUAGUCAGACACAGUGCAGUCAGCCUAUGCCAGUCGGCUCUAGGUAGGUAGUGUGAAAGGAAAACCUGUUUCCAAAUGACAAUCUACAUCGGUUUUCUUCCGGGGGCGUCUUCGUUGUCAUCGGUUGACGUCGUCAUCGUCGCGACCAGCUUCACCUAAUAUGUUAUCGAAAUUCUUGUUUAUAGUUCCAGCAAAUUCCAAUAUGCGUCGGCCCAUCAGUAGCGUAUUAUGCUCCGCUCGAGAAAGUUUCGCAGUUCGGUUUUGCUGAUAGUGGAUUUCUUCGAUUACGUCGAUUUUCGGUGGACGUGAGUCAUAGUUGGGUGCAGAAAUGAAGCUGGAUAGCCGUAGUCGUACCGAGCGCUACGUCGAACGCCACGGCAUAACAUCCGAAUUUUACAACGUAACAACCGAAGAUGGAUAUCAGCUGAAGAUGUUCCGACUCCUGCCGAAAGGGGAACGCCGAGGUGUAGUUCUGUUGCAGCACGGCCUUCGAGAAUCUUCGGCCAGCUGGCUACUGCUCAACCAGAACCUUCCGCUGCAGCUACUCGAACGUGGCAUAGAAGUCUGGCUUGGAAACUCACGGGCAUCUACGGAAGGUUCCUCUCACAAAAGCUUAGAUAGAUCUUCGGCCGAAUUCUGGUCUUUCAGUUUCCACGAAAUAGGCUACUAUGACCUGGCUGCCAUGGUAGAUUUCACCAUGGCCGCAUCAGGCUCUGAACGGAUACAGGUCGUCGCCUUCUCGGAAGGUGCCGCAGCCACCCUGAUUCUUCUCAGCAAACGACCAGCCUACAACGAGAAGAUCUCCCAACUCAACCUCCUAGCUCCAGCAGUUCUCCUGUCUAACAGCUCCUACACCGUCCUCGCAGCUCUCUACGUUACCUUCAAGCCCAUCCUGCCGUGGAGUUUGCAACGAUUCGUCACCGGCAAGGACGAAUUCUUCGGAAACUCCCAGAAGGAGUUGGAGCAUCUUCAGCACCUGAUGCUGAGCGGACGUUUCGUGGAGUAUGAUUAUGGUUCGAAGCGGAAUCGAGCGGUGUACGGAACGUCCAAGGUUCCCGAAUAUCCGUUGGAGAAGGUGACCUGUCCGGUGGUUCUGCACUACGGCGGAUCGGAUAGAGUAGUACACCCGAGAGAUGUUCUACGACUGAGCCGGAAGCUGGCCAAUUGUGCCAAUGUGGAAGUGAUGCGACACAAGCGAAUGAGGCAUUUGGAUUUCAUGACACGGAAGGACGCUGCGUUGGACGUGUAUCCGGCUGUGGUAGAUCGUGUAGUUAGGUGAUUUAGUCAUUUAGGUUCAACGUAAAUAAAUGCUUCUAGAGGGUUGAAGUGUGUUUUAAUUUCCGGUUAU